UGCGCUCGCAAGCCAUCCUGAUAUUCUUUCUCAAGUAGACUUCCCGACCACAUAAAGUGGUGCAUUAAAUAGAAUUACUAUAGUUAGAUUUUAGUUUUCUGCUGUGUUCGACGAAUUUCUUCCUCUUCCUCUCUCUCUGCGACUGUGAUUUCCUCACAACAGUGACAUCUUCAACUGUUACAUUUUUCGACUGUGUUUUGUUUGCAUCUUUGAAACACUAUUACUGUGAUCAUUUGCAAUGGUCAAUAUGGAGAUGGCCGUCUCUGCAAUUGGUUUUGAAGGUUAUGAGAAAAGGCUAGAAAUAUCAUUUUUUGAGCUUGGAAUGUUUGUUGAUCCUGAAGGAAAGGGCCUUAGGUCUCUGUCUAAGGCUCAGUUGGACAUGAUUCUUGGACCAGCUGAGUGCACUAUUGUUGAUUCACUGUCAAAUGAAAAUGUUGAUUCCUAUGUCCUUUCUGAGUCUAGCCUCUUUGUAUACCCUUACAAGAUCAUCAUCAAAACCUGUGGGACUACAAAGCUGCUUCUUGCUAUCCCACCUAUCUUGAAGUUAGCUGAUGCCCUUUCCCUUAAUGUGAAAUCUGUGAGGUAUACUCGUGGAAGCUUCAUUUUCCCCGGAGCUCAAUCCUAUCCUCAUCGCAGCUUCUCUGAAGAAGUUGCUGUUCUAGAUGAUUAUUUUGGGAAGCUUGGUGCUGGCAGCACUGCUUAUGUAAUGGGUGGGUUGCACAGCCCACAGAAAUGGCAUGUUUACUCUGCUUCUGCACACUCUACUUACUGUUGUGACCGCGUCUACACUAUAGAGAUGUGCAUGACUGGUUUGGAACGGGAAAAGGCUUCAGUUUUCUUCAAGAGCCAAUCAGCUUCUGCUGCUGUUAUGACUGUUGAUUCUGGUAUAAGAAGGAUUCUUCCAAACUCGAAGAUUUGCGAUUUUGAUUUUGAUCCAUGUGGUUAUUCCAUGAAUGCCAUUGAAGGGGCUGCUAUUUCUACAAUUCAUAUUACUCCCGAAGAUGGUUUCAGCUAUGCGAGUUUUGAAACAGUAGGAUAUAAUCCAGAGGAAGUUAACCUGAACCAGUUGGUUGAGAGGGUACUGGCAUGUUUCCAACCAAGUCAGUUCUCCAUAGCUGUACAUGCUAAUGUUGCGGACAAGCAACUAGUUCAGACUUGCGCACUGGAUGUUAAGGGAUACUGUCGUGGAGAGAGGAGCUUUGAAGAGCUCGGAAUGGGUGGUUCCAUCGUCUACCAGAAGUUUGUUAAGACUGGGGACUCUGGCUCUCCUAGGUCAACUCUGAAAUGCUGCUGGAGAGAGGAAGAAGAGGAAGAAGAGAUUUAGUUUCUCAUUCUAUUUCGUUAUAGUCUAUGUCUAUGAUUCAAUAAAGUAACUAUUCUCAGGCCUAGCCUGUUAAUAGCGAUCCUAUCGAGUCUUUCUAUUAUUAUUGACUUCUAUAAUCAUUGGUUGUCUUGUCUGUUGUGCUUACCAGUAAGCCCUUGAGCAAGAGUUUGGUCUGUAUUCAGGCUAGUCAUGUUCGGUGAACUUAUUUUGAGUUUAUAAUAUGGUUCUUAAAGUAUGUUAUA